CAGUGAGAAGUGCCGAUGCUGUGGGAGCGUGGAGACCCCAACCCUAACCGCCUCCCCCCACCCACAGCUGGAGAGAUGCUCUCUGUUGCUGAGCACUUCCUGGAGCAGCAGAUGCACCCAACUGUCAUCAUCGGCGCUUACCGCAAAGCUCUGGACGACAUGAUCCACGUCCUGAAGAAGAUCAGCACCCCGGUGGAUGUGAACAACAGAGAGAUGAUGCUGAAGAUCAUCAAGAGCGCCAUAAACACCAAAGCCAUCAACCGCUGGUCCGAGCUGGCCUGCAGCAUCGCCCUGGAUGCCGUCAGGACGGUGGAGUUGGAGGAGAACGGCCGAAAGGAGAUCGAUAUCAAGAAAUACGCCAAAGUGGAGAAGAUCCCCGGUGGUUUCAGCGAGGAUUCGUGCGUGCUGCGUGGCAUCAUGGUGAACAAGGACGUGACGCACCCCAGGAUGCGCCGCCUCAUCAAGAACCCACGCAUCGUGCUGCUGGAUUGCUCGCUGGAGUACAAGAAAGGGGAGAGCCAGACCGACAUUGAGAUAACCCGGGAGGAGGACUUUGCGCGCAUCCUGCAGAUGGAGGAGGAGUACAUCCAGCAGAUCUGCGAGGACCUGCUGAGGGUGAAGCCAGACCUGGUCAUCACCGAGAAGGGCAUUUCGGACCUGGCCCAGCACUACCUGAUGAGAGCCAACAUCAGCGCCGUCCGCAGGGUGAGGAAGACGGACAACAACCGCAUCGCCAGGGCCUGCGGGGCACGCAUCGUCAGCCGCACCGACGAGCUGCGGGAGGAGGACGUGGGCACCGGCGCCGGGCUGUUCGAGGUGAAAAAGAUUGGAGAUGAGUACUUUGCCUUCAUCACCGACUGCAAGGACCCCAAAGCGUGCACCAUCGUCCUGCGUGGGGCCAGCAAGGAGAUCCUGGCCGAGGUGGAGCGCAACCUGCAGGACGCCAUGCAGGUGUGCCGCAACGUGUUGGUGGACCCCCAGCUGGUGCCAGGGGGAGGGGCUGCAGAGAUGGCCGUGUCCCACGCGCUGACAGAGAAGUCCAAAGGCAUGACGGGCGUGGAGCAGUGGCCCUACAGAGCGGUGGCGCAGGCGCUGGAGGUCAUCCCACGCACGCUCAUCCAGAACUGCGGUGCCAGCACCAUCCGCGUGCUCACCUCGCUGCGGGCCAAGCACACCCAGGAGGGCAGCCAGACGUGGGGGGUGAACGGGGAGAGCGGAGCCCUGGCUGACAUGAAGGAGUUGGGGGUCUGGGAGCCCCUGGCCGUCAAACUGCAGACCUACAAAACGGCCGUGGAGACCGCCGUCCUCCUGCUCCGCAUCGAUGACAUCGUCUCGGGACACAAAAAGAAAGGCGAGGAGCACAGCAAGGCGCCAGCACCCACUGAGGCAGCCCAGGAGUAGUGGGGCCGUGCUCCGUAGGGCUGUGUGCCAUGGGGCCACACCUGGAGCUGCCGUUUCCCCGUCCCGAGUUGGAGCAAAGGCCCUGAAGUUAAUUGCCCGAAUUGGGGGGUGGGAUGGGAACGUGGUGACGGGGACAGGGCGCAGUGCCUGUGUACUGGGGGGAGGUGUUGGUGUUUAAUUUAAGUCUGUAAUUCCUUGCAGUUUGCCUUAACAAUAAAAGGCAUCGCAUCUUGGGGGGCUUCAUUGUGAAA